CUGGAAAAACCCAUCCUACCCUUUUGUCCUCUGCUGCAGGCCCCCUCUCUGUCUGUGUACCUUCCCUUCGCAAGAAAAACCAGACCCACUGUAAAUAGACAACAGAUAGGGCGAGAGCGAGCGCACCCCCAGGGAGAAAGGGACCCGAAGAGGAGACCGAGAGGAGGAGGAGGAGGGAGGUAUGGGAACGGGAUGGCGGCGAGCAUUCUGCACAUCGAUCCGUCGAGAUCCGGACACGACGGCGGCGGAGAGGAGCCCUGGCCCCAGCCCCCGGAGCUGCGCCAAGUUGAGCUUCUUCUCCGGCAGCGGCGGAGGUAGCAACCCGUCGACGCCAAGGUUCCGCAGCCUCCGGUGCCGCACCAAGUCGGCGCCUCCGGAGAGUCCGAAGCUGCAAUGCAAGCGCUCGCCCACGCCGCCACCGCCGACCAGCCCGAAGCGGAGCCCCACUUUAUUCCGCCGGCGUUCCUCGAACCCGUCUUCGCCAAGAUCCCCUUCCACGUUCGCCAUCUUCAAGGCCGCUCUUCAUCUUUCCCGGAGCAGGUGCGUGAUAUGUGCGCAGAGCGUAAAGGCGGGUGGAGGGACGGCGGUAUUCACGGCAGAAUGCUCCCAUGCCUUCCACUUCCCCUGUAUCGCGGCCCACGUCCGGUCUAGUGGCGGCGGCACCCUCAACUGCCCCGUCUGCUCCGCCUCCUGGCGCCAGGCCCCCUUUCUCUCCUCCCUCGGCGACCAUCAAGACGACGAGCUUCAUUCUCCUGUGCUUGUAGGAGACAGGAAGCCGCUGCACUGCCGGAGGAUGAGCAGGGAGGACAAGCGUGGCGGGAGCGAAGCAGAGAAGAGCAAACCCGUCUCUGCUACGGCUGCUGUGAAGAAGGCCUAUGAUGAUGACGAGCCGCUGCUGCCCUCCACCAGGACCACCCAAGGCGGCACCAACGUCCUGUUCAAUCCUAUUCCGGAAGCAGACGAAGACGAUGGCGACGAGCUGGAAGCACAGGAGGGGGGGGAUGGCUUCCAUGGGUUUUUGACAAAGGAUAAUAACAAUAAUAACAGUAACUGCUCCCGGUCCCCAUCUUGCAGGGCCACCGCCGGCACGAGGAUGGCCGACGCAGGGGGAGUGGAGGUGAGCGUGAUGCCGGAGGCGGCCCUGGUGUCUUCCGGGCGGAGGCACCGGAACUACGUGGUGGCGCUCAAGGUGAAGGCCCCUGCGGCGGCGCCGCUGCUCAGCUGGUGCCGCCGCGCCCCGAUCGACCUGGUGACGGUGCUGGACGUGAGCGGGGGCAUGACUGGGGCCAAGAUCCAGAUGCUGAAGCGGGCCAUGCGCCAGAUCAUCUCGUCUCUAGGCCCCGCCGACCGUCUCUCCAUGGUUGCCUUCUCGGCAGCUGCCGCCAAACGCCUUCUUCCCCUCCGCCGGAUGUCACGGCCUGGCCAGCGCUCCGCCCGCCUGAUCGUGGAGCGACUGAUGGCGUCCAGCGACAGUCCAGGUUUGUGCGUCGGCGAUGCCCUUCGGAAGGCCACUAAGGUAUUGGAAGACCGCCGGGAGCGCAACCCCGUCGCUACCAUCAUGCUCCUGUCCGACGGCCAGCAGCAGCAGCAUGAGGAUGCCAAUAAAGACGGCCGCCGCUACCUGGGGUAUCCAUCGUCGUCGGCUGCCGCGGUCACGACACGGUUCGCCCACCUGGAGAUCCCCAUCCACGCGUCCGGCUACGGGGACGCGCCGCAGCGGCAACCGCCCAAACACAGCAGCUGCCCGGCGGCGCCCGUGGAGGACGCCUUCGCCAAGUGCGUCGGCGGUCUGGUGAGCGUGGUCCUGCAGGACGUCCGUCUCCAGAUCGUCUUCCCAUCUGGGGAAGUCUCCGCCGUCUACUCUGGCGGUGGGCGGGCGGUGGCCCUCGGCAGCACCAUCCGGCUCGGCGACCUCUACGCGGAGGAGGAGUGGGAGCUGCUGGUGGAGCUCAGGGUGCCGACGGCGGCCGGACCAGGUUACCACCAGCAUUCCCUCUCGGUGAAGUGCAGGUACAGGGACCCGGCCACCCAGGAGGUGAUGUGCGGGGAGGAUAGGACCCUGCUCCUUCCGCCGCUCCAGAGCCAGGCCCACCCCCUGCUCACUUGUUCUGCCUCCUCAAUCUCGCUGCGGCUCCGGAACCUGUUCGUCACCACGCGUGCCGUGGCCGAGUCGCGGCGGCUGGCCGAGCUCUCGGACCACGCCACGGCUCUCCACCUGCUCUCCUCCGCCCGCUCCCUGCUGCUGCAGUCUCAGGCCGCCUCUGACCAAGAUCAGGACCUCAUCCGCCGGUUGGAGGCUGAGCUUGCUGAUAUCCAGCGGCGGCGAGGGGGCCAGCAACAGCCGCUUUCCCCGUGCCAGAGGAGGAGAGAAGCUGCGGUCCCGGGCGGCGAGCAGCAGCAGCUGACGCCCACUUCGGCUUGGCGAGCGGCAGAGCAGCUGGCCAAGGUUGCAAUCAUGCGGAAGUCACUGAACCGGAUCAGCGAUCUGCACGGUUUCGAGAACGCCCGGUUCUAGUAAAGGACCGGACCGUGGCGGGGGUGGGUGGUUGGGGGACAAGAAUUCUGGAAAGUUUUAUAAAUAAUGACAAUAAAAAUGGUUGCUCUUUUCCUUCUUCAUUUAUUUUUAUAGGAGCGGGCAAACGGCCGCCCUCGUUGUUUUUUUUUUUUCAAAUAGAUAAUUAGCAAUAACAAGUUUGCCGCAAUGAAGCAGUGGGUGUUUUUUUUUUUUAUAUUAUUAUUUUUUAUUUUUUUUAUUUUUUUAUGGUAAAAAGGAGAAGCGGAGGGUGGUUAAUGCUAACCAGUUUAAAUAGACUUGGAAACCUCUCCCAUCCGUCAAGAAAUUGGAUGGUCCAAUUCUAGAUAUAGCAUGGCCUCUUGGUGAAAGUAGAUUGAUUUUUCUUUUUGUAGUAGGCUGUUAUUCUUAAUUUAUUUUUAUUUUUUUAUUUUAAUUUUAGUUAAAAUAAUUUAUGUUGGCUUCUUGUAGUUAGAUUGAGUUUUUUUUGUUCUAAUAUAUUUAAAUUUAUUUUUAUAAAUUAUAGAAAUAUUUUUUUAAUUUUAAUUUAAUUUUACUUAUAACUUUUGUACUAUUAAUGAAGUAUUGCAAUGUGGCUCUUCUUUAUUUGAAAUGUGUUUUGAUGAUAACUCUUCCAAUUUUGAAAAUUAUUUGUUUUGCAUCCGUUGCUUUCGGUAUUUUUUCUUUUCUCUAGCGAUAUUCCAACGACGACUAGCAUCCUACUUUUUGCUUGGAUCCCACAAUCUUUCUUUUGUGCACGAGUGUGGUAGCAUCUUAAGAACCCUAUUUCUCUCCGUUAUAGCAGUGAAGUACUAUCUUUUCUCCAUUAGUUGGUAAUACCUUUUUUUCUCAAAGUUUUUCUUUAUAAGAUCAUGAUUUUAGUGAAUAUUAUAUAUUUUUUUUAUUUUUUUAGUGACUGAUCUAAAGUAAGACAUUAUAACUAUAGAUUUAGAGAUGUUCUUUUAGUUUAUCCUUGCAUGAUGGUGUAAGGUUGUAACUUUUGAUUAUGAUAUCAUAUUUUAAUUUUUAUAAUUUACAUACAAUAUUCAUUGAUGUGUUCUGUCAUGAUUUUUUUUAUGCAUGGUCUUUAUUUCAAUUAUCUUAUAGUCUAUUAAUAAGAGAUUAUGGUCCCUCUAUGUGUUGUGAGCUUAUUUUCAUUGUGUGUGUGCAUAACAGAUAGAUUUUGGAUCAAUAUUGUCCCUUGUAAGUUUUUUUUUUAAAUCCAUGACUCUUUGUUAUGGUUCCAUUGUAGACUUAUGUCAUACUCUUUUCAGUGCAUAACAGAAGCAUUGAAAAAUUAUCCAAACAUAUUAAGGUUCAAUUUUUU